CGGGAAAAGCAAAAUGACUCACUAUUUUGCAGGAAGACAGAAUUUAUUGCACCAAUUAUGUAUCGUGCUGUAACACUUUUUGGCAGAGGGAGGGGAGGGGAUGGUUUUGGGCAGUAAUCAGGGUUGCCAUCAAACGGAUACUGACUGAGGCACAGGGGAGAAAGCGGGAUAGGAAAAUAUCUUGCUAUAAUUUCACAAUAAAGCGGGUCUACCCAGAGUCCUGAUGUGAUCAUCAUCCCUGAACAGAAACAUUAGCCUGCCCCGAAGUCAGUCCUCAACCAACCGGGGACAAUCUGGAUUGGAUAUCAAAGAUAAUACGUCCUUAUCCCCGUUAUCUGCCUGCACUGGUUUUACACCCCAGACCUGGUACCAUAGAUAUUUUCACCCUAGUCUGGCAGCUAGACUGCUCCACUAUACCCUGAUGAAUGAAGACCCCAUUCGGGAAGAGUGCGCCCGGCCAGAGAUCCAGAGCCGAUGCAGGACACACAGGUGUUUCUUCAAACAUGAAGAAAAAGGACUCCCACAAGAAACACAAGAACAGCAUGGGCCCCAACAAGGUGGUGUCGUCGUCUGCGCCCCGCCGGAACAUGGUGGGCUGUCGUAUCCAGCACAUCUGGAAGGAGGGGAGCACUGCGUCUCAGUCGCUGUGGAAAGGCAUGGUGCUGGACCAGGUGCCCGUCAACCCCUCGCUUUACCUCAUCAAGUACGACGGCUUUGACUGUGUCUACGGCCUGGAGCUACAUAAAGAUGAGAGGGUGCAGGGACUUGAGGUGCUCCCUGACCGUCAAGCCUCCACGCGCGCCAGCGACGUCAACCUGGCCGACACGAUGAUAGGGAAGGCUGUAGAGCAUAUGUUUGAGACGGAGGAUGGGACUAAAGACGAGUGGAGGGGCAUGGUUCUGGCCCGAGCCCCCAUCAUGAACACCUGGUUCUUCAUCACCUACGAGAAAGACCCCGUUCUGUACAUGUACCAGCUCCUAGACGACUACAAGGAGGGAGACCUGAGGAUCAUGCCUGACUCCAAUGACACUCCGCCUGCAGAGCGGGAGCCAGGGGAGGUAGUGGACAGUCUGGUGGGGAAACAGGUGGAGUACGCCAAAGAGGACGGCUCCAAACGAACUGGCAUGGUUAUCCACCAGGUGGAUGCCAAACCCUCAGUCUACUUCAUCAAGUUCGACGACGACUUCCACAUCUACGUCUACGACCUUGUCAAGACCUCCUAAGGCAAACUUUUACCCUUUGACCUUUUCACACUACUGAGCCGAAUCGAGCUGUACAGGGCUGGCCUGGUUACACGUACAUCCACCAUAGCUGAAAAGACUAUGCGAAAAUAUGUUAGAGGUGGUACAGUUUGGUCCACGUCGGCACGGUAGUGUGAAAAGGGCACUGGGUCUCUGGGCCUAGAGGACAGGAGGUCUGUCUGGGGAGUUAAUGAUGGAUGCAGGAAAGACGAUGGUCAUCAUCACCACAUGGAACCUUACCUUAUCCACCAACUUCUCUUAAAUAUAUCUUGAACGUUUCGUGCAACAGCUUCUUUGAGAUGCGACAGAUGGACAGCUAGAUUGGAUAUUUCACUGAAGCCUUUGGAUUGCUACUAAAGCAUCUCGUGUUCUAGAAUCUAGUCAGAAGAGAGAGAGGGGAGGGGUCACUGUGCAACUGAGUUAUUGGCCACUUGAUUGGCUGAGAAGACUAUUUGUUUCUGCAACUGGCUGUCCCCUAUCAGAGUAAAGAUCUGAAGGAUUUGUUACAUAGAUCCCUUUGUAAGGGGAGGGACGGGAAAAAGAUAUCAGCGUUAUUUGAACACUGCAUAUUUAGUGCGACCUUUAAAGUGAAUUACUAUCUGGGUUUGUUUCCAUCUCAGAGAAUUGUUCAAUCCUUGACUAUUAUUAUAUUUGUUUGUUUGUAAUGUUAAAAGAUACACAACAACAUAUGCAGUGAGCAAAGGCAUUUGUUGAAGUUUUGUGAGGGACAUGACCAUUGUUUUAAUUCAAAUGUUUCUUUUUUUUCCCCCAAUAACUUUUUCAUGUAUGUUCAUAUGUAAUGAUAGUUAAAUACUGAUGCCGAUAUUUGCAGUUUUAUCUGAAGCACUAAUUUCAAAGAGUCCACUCAGAAAACAUUUACGCAGUUGUCUUUAUAAGUUUUGCCUUUUAAUAAUAAUUAUAUGUUGAUCAUUCUCAACAAACACUAUUCAGAAUGGUUGACCAGUGAGAAAGUUCAUCUGUUUGUUCAUUAGGCCUUGCCAAAGCCCUCGACCCUUAUCAUUCAUUAUCCAAUCAUAAUAACAGCAAUAAUUAUUAUAAUUAUUCAGAUUAUACUUAUGUUUGUUAUUAUCGUUCCUGUAGUCAUAUGUUUACCUUUUUUUUGGGGGGGGGGUCAAGCAUAGUUUCUAUUUUUGUUUAUUUUUUACUUUCAUUGUUAUAUGUUAUUUAGAGACAUCUUCUUCACCUCUGUCUUUGUGUUAAACAGACUUUCUGUUUAAUUGGCAUAGUAACCUUUUAGUAAACUGUUUUAUCAUGCCUUUAAAAAAAAUAAAGACAGUAUGGUGAAAGCACUGCAAAGUAUUUGGAAACUAAAACUUCAAACCAGCUCCUCAAAAGUGUUCUAAAUUCAGCAGUAGCACUACAACAAUACUAAAGUGUUCUAAAUUCAGCAGUACCACUACAACAAUACUAAAGUGUUCUAAAUUCAGCAGUACCACUACAACAAUACUAAAGUGUUUCUAAAAUCUUCACACAACUGUUAAUUCACAACAAGUAUUCAAAACCUUAAAAGCAACACCCACUUUAUAAAGUGCAUUUAAUUUUGUAGUCAAGGAAAGGUUACUAGCCUCAAUUAGACUUUUAUUUGCCAUAUUUUGUUGAGAUGAGUUGUUUCCCGCCAUUAUUUAAAGCUUAUAAUAAUGUAGUUAAAAUGUGAUAGCCGUUUCUGGCUUUCUCUGUGUGUGACAAAACAACAUUCACCAGAUGCCCCUAGUAGGCCCCUUUGGAAUGUUACAAUGGUUGUCAGAGAAACAGUGGGCUACUGAGCACUCUAGAACCUCUGACAUACAGAUGUUGUUAAUUACUGUAGUAACAUUUCGUGUUCAUGUGACUGUAACCCCUCCUCUACACUCCUCUGCCUUACUACUCUUUCUCCAUGCCCUUCUUGACCUUUAGCAGUGUUUAUUCCCAGUCUCUGAAGAGGUAGUAUAGUCCUGAUAUUUUCAUUAGCCUGUGUAGUAACAGAACAGAUGUGCUGUUGUGACUGAUUUGCGAUGAGAUAAACCACUGCAUCUCCAGCUGAAGUGCCUGCAGAGACAUAUAAAGCCCAUUAGUUUUUAUUUUGACAUUUUAUAACAGUUUUUCUUUCUUUGACUGUAUGGCUGAAUGGUAGCUUUAGAAACCUGAGAGAUUAUGUGUAUCGGUUAUAAUGAGGCUCAUAAUUUGAAGACCCCAUAAGGUACCGUAUUCACCUCUGUAUCUAAGAAAAUAAACACAAGUAUCUUAUGUAUCCUGUUGUAUUCCAAACCGAAAACUGACUUGUGUUUUAUGCAAGAUGUCACCUUCAGGAAAAUAAUUGAAAGUGUUUGAUGGAUUGGCAUUUCACACUGUGUUUGAUGUUGGUUCGUUUUGGGAUAAAAAAAUAAAAUAAAAAAGAGAAUAUGAAAAUAGUCCAUUAUUUUUGCAUGAGUAGUGGAAACAGUAGAACUGUAAGUGGAAGUUAGUGUGAGAUACACACAUGCAUCUGUCAUAACUUUUUCUAUGAGGUUAUCAUCAUUCUGUUACCUGUUGUGACGCUCCCUUUUUUAUUUUCCUGUUUUGCAUUUCUUAAGAAAAGCAAAGUAAUUUUUUGUAUUACAUUUUUGAUUCUGCUCUGCUAUAGGAUGAAACUCACUGGGGUUGUAUGAGGGGCCAAUAGAAAUGCCACAUGAUGCCAGUGUUACACAGCAUUUGAGGGAUCAUAUCUUUCACAUACAAUACCAAUGUUGUCCGUAAAUAUUUUUUAGAUGUAUCUUUUGAGUGCCACAAGGAGAACAUGAACUCAAAGAAAAAGGCCGUAUAAAAUUGGUAGGGAGAUGUUUAUACAGCGUGUGUGUAUAUAUAUAUAUAUAUAUAUAUAUAUAUAUAUAUAUAUGAGAGAGAUAUGUGUGUGUAUAUAUAUAUUUGUGUGUGUGUGUGUGUGUGUGUGUGUGUAUGUAUGGGGUGUGCAAGGUAGGUAGCACAUCUUAGUUACAUAUCAGAAGAAUAAACAAUGUACAUAGACACUUUAAAGAGAAAAUAGUAUGGUUUUCAUUUCUCAAAGUUACUCUUAAAUCAGUUUAAAGAUUGAAAACUAUGAUUUACUGUAUAUGGUCCCUUUUAGAUGCUGUUGCUCUUUUCUAACUUGUAAAAUACAGUGUAUAGUUGAUUCUUCAUGUUUGUUGGCAUCUACUUCAAUGGCUUCUAUUUGAACUGGUAAUUUGUUAUUACUCUGAACAAUGUAGAGAGUUAAUUUGAUUUGCUUUAGGGGUAUAAGCAAUUUAAAAACAUGUUACUUAGAUCUGUCAUUUUUAUAAUUGUUACGUAAAUAUCCUUAUAACAUUUGAGAAAAUAAAAACGUAAUGUGAG